GGUAUUCAAGGCUCUGCCGUCCAAGAUAUACCCAACCCAUCCAUUCACUCACUAUUCUCCUCUCUUUUUACCCAUUUACACAUACGACCAUGGCAGCCUCAAUCCCACGAUCGCGAUGUCUCUUCUCAUCCUCCACAUUAAAAGCUGUCCCUCGCUCAAGGACGCCGCUUAGAACUUUUGCCACGACCUCCGAUACGCCGCAAACCGCAGUACCAGAAGCCCCCACAAAGCGGUCACGACCACCGACGUCUUUCAGCGAUACACUGAAUGCCGGUCCAUCGUUUGGCGAUUUCGUCAACCCCGAGGCGCCCCUCUCCCCGGCCGAGGCAUACGAGAUCAAGACGGUGCAAGUGGGCCCGGAAGGCCGCAAGAAGACCAUCACACGACUUCCAGAGUGGCUGAGAACGCCGAUACCCUCAAACGCAAACCAGAACUACAAGCAGAUCAAGAAAGACCUGCGCGGGCUGAAUCUAGCCACAGUCUGUGAGGAAGCAAGAUGUCCCAACAUCUCAGAUUGCUGGGGCGGAAGUUCCAAGAGUGCGGCGACGGCGACCAUAAUGCUCAUGGGAGACACAUGUACACGAGGCUGUCGAUUCUGCGCCGUAAAGACAUCUAAAGCACCUCCACCACUGGAUCCUCACGAACCAGAGAACACCGCUGAAGCGUUGCGGAGGUGGGGGUUGGGCUACGUCGUCAUCACAGUGGUUGAUCGCGAUGAUCUCGUGGAUUCCGGGGCGCAUCACAUUGCCGAAACCAUUAUGAAGAUCAAGCAAAAGAACCCGACGCAGCUUGUUGAAUUGCUGGGUGGAGACUACGGAGGCAAUCUGGAGAUGGCCAAGGUAGUCGCAAGGAGUGGUGUCGAUGUCUUUGCGCACAACAUCGAAACAACCGAGCGCCUCACACCGUUUGUCCGCGACAGGAGGGCCAAGUUCAGGCAGAGUCUGGAUGUGUUGAGGUCAGCCAAGGAGGCACGCCCGGAGCUCAUCACCAAGACCAGCAUGAUGCUGGGCUUGGGCGAGACGGAUGAGGACCUCUGGCAUGCGUUGAGGGAACUCCGCGCAAACAAUGUCGACGUCGUAACCUUUGGCCAAUACAUGCGCCCCACCAAGCGCCACAUGGCCGUCCACGACUAUGUCACGCCCGACAAAUUCGAACUCUGGCGCCAGCGCGCCCUCGACAUGGGUUUCCUAUACUGCGCCUCUGGCCCACUCGUACGCUCAAGUUACAAGGCCGGUGAGGCCUUCAUCGAGAACGUACUGAAGAAGCGGAGGAUGGGCAAUGCAGGAAAGAGCGAAGUUGCAGAUCUCAGUGUGGCAGAAGAGACUAGCAAGACGUUGUAAAUAUAUAGAUUCAUGGAAAUACUUCAUCGCUUUUAUGCGACAUUCGGGAUUACCUCAACUCGAUUCUGAAUAGAAGUCUGCUUCAACCAGGCUGUCCAAUGUACAAUACCUCUUUCGACCACAUAGACUGUUUGGCGGCAUUCACACACAGCAGCAUUCCGUUCUUUCGACGCCUCAACAAGCGUCAAGUGAUGGCGAGUUCUGCAUUAUUCCUAUGCCGAAACCUCAAUCAAAAGAGACUGCUACGAGACACAACGCAUCCUUUACGCCUCUGACGGUCAACACUAAAAACAACUGGCAACUAAGGAAGAUUUCGUAU